AUAAUAAUUAUAAUAUGACCGCGUGGUGAACCAUGAACUCAUAUUUAAACACGGUAUUCAUGCUAUGUACACAUGCUGUGUACACAUAUCUAUCCUUACAAGUACAAUUUUGGCUGUAUUAUUUAUGUCCCCUUCAAAAAUUGCUCUUGAGACAUUUUAUGUUUAUUGUCCCCCCCUACUGUCAGAUGAAAUUUACGCCCCUGAAUAUGGGGUAACAUUAUAUAUGCAAGGUGGCAGGAAUAACCCCUUCGUAGUUCCUCCAAGUUUUGAUUGUUGGGCUCCAUGGAUUGGCAUCAACACCAGAAAAUCUGAAAUUGCGUUGAACGCUGAAUUUGGGAAAAUUCAGAAAACUAAGCCAUGUGAUGUUCCUGAUCUUGAUAUAACUGAAGGAAGACUAGGAGAUGAGCUCUUCAAACUGAAGGUUGAAGCCAUACGGAAAUUCUGUGAAGAGUGUAGUUUGGACUCAGAUGGAUCCAAGAUUGACCUUGUGUUGCGGUUAAGAGAGGAGAUGCAAAACCGCUCAUCAUAUGACAAAGCUUUCCAACAAAUCUGGGAUGCUUCUGUCCCUAUUCAGUGUUCCACAAUGGGUAUGUCCACUCUGCAACAUGUGCAACCAAACAAGGCAUGCUGGAAACAGUCACCCAGUACAGACCAGCUGGAGGAGUUGCAGAGAAACCCUGGAAUUUUCUAUUCCAACUACAAAAUGCUGUUUCGCGUGAUCAUCUCCCCACAGAACAUUCAUAAAGUUAGACUUAAUCCUGUUCCAGAUUCUGUUGAUGGCCUCAAGCUUGAACUUAAAAGCAGGCUCCAGCUGAAAGACCCUUUUGACCUUCAAUAUGAAGAUGAAGACUUCCAUGAUUUCUGUAACCUUCCAUGUGUAGCUGAUCUGCCCAAAGACAAGAUGACACUGAAGGUCCUUUUCACCCCCUUUCCAUAUACAUUGUCAGAGUCCAGUGUAGACACUGCAAUUUUAAGGGAAUCGUCAUCUCCAUCAGCGUCUUCACCUAGUAUCCAUUCAGAGCCACCUGCUGCCUCUUCGCAGCCAUGGCCAACCACCUUUCCCAUCCCUGUUUUUACAUAUGAUGUGGAGCUGAGACUAAGACAAGGUAAUAAGGCAUUUUGAAAGGAUGGAAAACUUCUGUCAAUUCCCAGAGACAUGAAGAUUGAAAUUCUUGAGAAACUUGCAGAAAUUAUAUACUCAUACAAAGCCUAUCCUGGGAAUGAAGAGAUCGACAGUGUAGCGGCUGCCUUAAUUGCAAAACACCCCUGUCUCAAAGAGCCAAGCUCCACGUCUGGAUGGUAUGGGUGGAAAAUUAGUUUGAAGUUUAAGAUGGGCAACUACAGACAAAAGCUGAGGGAUGCAGGUUGUCAGGAACUGAAAGUGAAUUCUGAAAAGAGAGAUCUUGGGGAGACGAGGAAAGCAAAACGAAGUUAAGAAACCUAGACGAUGUGAAACCAAUUUUCUUCCAGAUCUACCUCAGGGCAAAGACCGGGAAAGUUUAGAAAAGGAAAGAGAGCAAACAGUCAAAAAACAUAAUGUAAGUCUUUGUUUACAAUAAUGUUUGAUUGUAUUAGCUUCUACAUAAAUAUUAAAUCUCAUUUGUUCUUGCAAGUCUUUUGAUCAAAUGUCAUGACACAAGAACUAAUGAGGUUUGAUGUUGCAUUAUGU